AUGGCACCCAGUCUACUCAAAACAUUUGUGCAGAAUAGGGUAUCUGAAAUUCAUGAGAUCACCAAGGAAGUUCCCUGGCGUCACAUCAGCGGUAAACAUAACCCAGCUGAUCUCGUGUCACGAGGUGUCAAGUUGGAGGAUUUGCCUUCAGCAGUGCUGUUGUUCCGUCACGAGCACAAGCAACUGACGCACGCAGGUGCGCAAGCGCUGCUUUACAGCGUGCGUGAGUCAUACUGGCCAGUCAGCGGCAGGGAUCUCGCCCGGCAGUCACAUUCUGAAAUUGCAGACUUUGCGUGUAGUCACGAUAUUAAAUUUAAGUUAAUACCACCGUAUACGCCUCAUUUUGGUGGUUUAUGGGAGGCUGGGGUCAAAUCGUGCAAGCAUCACUUGCUUCGAACAGUGGGUAACGCGCAUCUGACCUUUGAGGAGAUAAGCACUGUUCUAGCACAAAUAGAAGCUAUCAUGAACUCCCGUCCUCUCAAUCCUCUCUCAUCCGAUCCACACGAUCUCUUACCUCUUUGCCCGUCGCAUUUUCUGGUUGGUCGUCCACUGACAGCGCCUGCUUUUACCGACCUCUCCGAAGAGCCAACUAGUCGUCUCACCCGAUACCAGAGAGUGGAGCAGAUUCGACAACAUUUCUGGACGCGAUGGACCAAAGAAUAUGUCUCAGAGCUGCAGACUCGGAUAAAAUGGAGUGAACACAAGCCAGACCUACAACCCAAUACUUUUGUGGUUAUAAAGGAGGACAAUUCUCCCCCCUUGAAAUGGAGCUUGGGUCGCAUCAUCACCACCAUUCCGGGCAAGGAUGGAGUAUCUCGAGUAGCAGACAUACGAACAGCAACUGGAGUGGUACGCCGUGCCUUCACCAAGAUCUGCCCGCUGUUCCACGAGAAUACACAUUAG